AUGGACAAGAUGGAAUACGUCAAACUUGGAAACACAGGCCUCAAAAUCUCAAAGGUCAUACUCGGUUGCAUGUCCUUUGGAUCAAGCAAAUGGCAAGGAUCGCCAUGGGUUCUUGACGAAGAAGAUGGUCUGAAGCUUCUCAAGGCUGCUUACGAUAAUGGCAUCAACACUUGGGAUACCGCCGACACAUACUCCAAUGGAGAAUCAGAAGUCAUCAUUGGAAAGGCUCUCAAGAAGUUCAACAUUCCUCGACAAAAGGUCGUCAUCUUGUCCAAGAUCUACAACCCGGUUAUGGAUGAUGGUACAAGACCUCCUAGUGUCAACGAUGGCCCGCUAGUCAACCAGAUGGGCUUGAGUAGGAAGCACGUUUUCCAUGCUGUUGAUAAGUGCUUAGAGAGACUUGGCACUGACUACAUCGAUGUCCUUCAAAUUCAUCGUCUUGAUCGUGAAACACCACCAGAGGAGAUCAUGCGCGCUCUCCACGAAGUCGUUCAAUCAGGAAAGGUCCGCUACAUCGGAGCCUCCUCCAUGUACACCUGGGAAUUCGCCCGCAUGCAAUACAUCGCCGAGUCCAAGGGCUGGACAAAGUUCAUCUCCAUGCAACCCUUCUACAACCUCCUCUACCGAGAGGAAGAGCGCGAGAUGCUUCCCUUCUGCGAGGCCACCGGUGUCGGCGUCAUCCCAUGGAGUCCCAUCGCUCGUGGUCUUCUCGCCAAGCCUCUUUCUAGCAAGGACGACAACCAGUCAAUACGCAGUCAGAACGAUAAGAAGACUGAUACGUGGUUUGCGGAUGCCAAUCUCGACAUUGUGAAUCGUGUAGAGAAGGUGGCGAAGGACAAGGGAGUCAGUAUGGCUCUCGUUUCUACAGCUUGGGUGUUACAGAAAGGAUGCUAUCCUAUCCUAGGCUUGAACUCUGAGAAGAGAGUCAUUGAGGCUGUCGACGCUUUGAAGGUCACAUUUACAGCUGAAGAGUUGGAGUAUCUUGAGAGUGCAUACAAGCCUCGGGGCAUCCAGGGUGGUGUGUAA